AUGUCUUCUUCAAAGUCUGGAUCUUCCUCAGCCAAACGUACUAGGAAGUGUGGAUGUGGAGUCCCAGUUGCUGAAAAAAGAUCAUGGACUGUUGAUAAUCCAGGGAGGAAAUUUAUAGCAUGCAAAUUUUAUGACAAGGAGAGUGGGCACAGGGGAUGUGAGCUUUUUGAUUGGGUGGACCAAGGUUCGACUGAAUGGCAGAAGGACACCAUCAAUCAAUUGGUGUUGGAGAAGCAAAUUCUGAAAUCUCAGAAUACACUACUGAAGAGGGAAAUUAGUAGGCAUCAGGAGGAUAAAUUGAUGAUGAUUAGUGAAAUUGAAGAGCUAAGGUCAGGGGGUAUGAAUGAUGGACCUAAGCAUGGUAUUAGGGUGGCUCCAAAAUCUAAGGCAUUUGUAAUUGUUGUUGUUAUACUAGUUAUUUCACUCUUUUGUAUGAAGUAUUAG